AUGGCUCGGAACGUUGGUAUCAAAGCUAUGGAGCUGUAUUUCCCUAGUCGAUAUGUUGCUCAAUCAGACUUGGAGGUGUAUCUCGGAGCAAGCAAAGGCAAAUACACCAUUGGCCUCGGUCAAACCAAAAUGAGUUUCUGUGACGAUCGCGAGGACACCUAUUCACUUGCUCUCACGGCCGUCUCAUCUCUUCUCCGCAAAUACGACAUUUCUCCCGACUCGAUUGGUCGUCUGGAAGUGGGCACAGAAACCUUGUUGGACAAGGCAAAGUCCUGCAAGUCCGUUCUGAUGCAGCUCUUUGGAUCCAACACGGAUAUCGAGGGCGUCGACGUCUACAAUGCCUGCUACGGCGGUACAAGCGCUCUAUUAAACGCAGUGAGCUGGAUCGAAUCCUCUGCAUGGGAUGGCAGAAAUGCCAUUGUUGUUGCGACCGAUAUUGCGCUCUACAACACCGUUUCAGCCAGACCGACGGGUGGAGCAGGCUGCGUGGCCAUGCUCAUCGGUCCAGAUGCGCCCUUGGUCGUGGAGCCACUGCGUGCUUCCUUCAUGCAGCAUACGUAUGACUUUUACAAGCCAGAUUUCAAGUCCGAGUAUCCUAUCGUGGACGGUCACUUUUCUUCAAAGUGCUACCUGCGCGCGUUGGAUGGAUGCUAUCGCCGUUAUCGUGAGAAGCAGGCUGGACGGAGACGCAACGACACCUCCUCUGACGGCCAGGAGGAUGCCCAGACGACACCGCUGACUUUGGAAGAAAAGCUACCAUUGGAUGAAUUUGAUUAUUUUGUCUUCCAUGCGCCCAACUGCAAGCUGGUUGCCAAGUCAUACGCCCGCUUACUAUAUAAUGAUUACAUGGCCGAUCCGCAGAAUGAGUUCUUCAGCUCCAAGACCAUACCCCGCUCCGUUCGUGAACAAAGCUACGAGGAUUCUCUGCGUGAUAAAGAGCUGGAAAAGCUAUUCAUGCAAGCUUCUCGAGAACGCUUCGAGGAGCGUGUUCGACACAGUCUGACGGCACCGACAAUGUGCGGAAACAUGUACACUGCGGGUGUUUACUCGGCCCUUGUGAGCCUGCUCAACAAUGUGCCCGGGGCCCAGCUCCACGGACGACGGAUAGGGCUUUAUAGCUUUGGCAGUGGUCUUGCAAGCACGAUUCUCAGUCUCAGGGUUGUGGGCGACGUUGGUGAGAUUGUUUCGAAGACUGAUCUCCAUGCUCGUCUGAAUGCACGCGAGGAGGUUUCACCGGAAGUUUACGAUGAGAUGUGUCGGCUUCGUGAGCAAGCAUACCAGCAACAUCCUUAUACACCAGUUGGUAGCAUUGAGACCAUGGUCCCGGGCACAUAUUAUCUGGUUGGGGUGGAUGAGAUGUUUCGGCGUUCUUAUGCUGUGAAACAAGAUUGA